UGUUGUGUUUAGUUUGAUGCAAGGAAUACAGCAAGUUGUUUUACUACCGCAAUAGGAGCAUCUGUCUAUCUCCUUAUUUUUUUUGUAUAAUUUUGGAAGAAAAAUGAUAACAAUUCAUAGUAUAUUAAUUUUAAUUCAUUGAUGCAAAACAUUAGGAAAUCUGCAAAAUUAGGAAAUGCUUCUGUUUAUUACCAUUUCUUACCAUUUUGUGAACUUUGAUGCUGGUACAUGUUUUUUAAUACACGGAUUAGGGCCACCUUUCUUAAAGGAAAGCAAGACAUUAUCCUAAUUCAGUAAAAUUUUCUAUACUGCAAAUAUUUGUUAUAAAGAUGAACCUGAGUUAGUUGAAUUGUUCAUCCUUUUGAAGCUGUUUAAGCUGAAUAUUGAAUAUUGGUCAUUAUGUGUACUCUGCUGGAGUUAGCUUAUCAGUUUUUGCGUAGCAUUUGGUAGAAUGCACUUUUAAUCUUUCCAAUUAAUUAUGCUAUUUACACCGCCAUGUUUGGGAGGAACCUUCUGAAAUCAUUAAUAGUGUGGCAUGUCCUGUUUGAACAAUUUCAUUUGCCAUUGACACCAUUCUUUUCAUGACAAGUGCUGCGUGAAUAAUUUGACAAGAUUAAAUGUCUAAGACAAAUUUUGCAUGGGUACAGCCAAAAAAAAAAAAAAAAGUAUGCCUAAACUAUUAGGUGACCUAUAUUUUUAAUGGUGGUUAUGAUUGAGAAAAUAGCGAGUGAUUUUCUUAUCUAUAUUCAUGAAAUUUAUUGUUUAGUUAUAAGGAAUUUAUGGCAAUAGAUAUGCGGCUAAAAUAAUAUUGUGAUUUGCAAGAGGAACCUUCCUGAAAAUGGGUCCUCAUAGCACUCGUGAUGCAUUGAAUUUUAUUUGGUCCUCGUCAUUGUGUUUGAAAAAUAAAGCUUAUAAUUUGCAAGUUUUAAUAUCUAGCAUAAUAUUAAUUUUGCCAUCUAUCAAGCUGCUCAUGAAUUUGGUAUUUUUACAAUGUAAUUACAGUUUGAUGUGUGUAUAAAGGUCAACAUGUGAAAUUUCCUCUAUCCAAAGAAUAAACUUGUGCUACCAUGUGGACCAUUGUUGUUGAUGGAAUUAGCUUUUCUACUAAGAGGUGUUGGUUCUGAAGUUUUUUGGGUCACCAUCCAGAAACCUUCAGAAACUGAUGAGGUGAUAUACAAUUUAGAGCAAAAGAUGCUAGUCCGAGGAGUGCAGGUCGUGUCUGCAAAAGGCCAAGAAGCUAUAGGUACUGCUCUUAAAGCCGAUAUGGUUGUUUUGAAUACGGCUGUUGCUGGGAAAUGGCUAGAUGCUGUUCUGAAGGAAAACAUUCCUCGUGUUCUCUCAAAAGUGUUGUGGUGGAUUCAUGAAAUGCGAGGACAUUAUUUUAAAUUGGACUAUGUCAAGCACUUGCCUUUGGUUGCUGGUGCUAUGAUUGAUUCACAUGUGACAGCACAAUAUUGGAAAAAUAGGACUCAAGAACGUUUGAGGAUUAAAAUGCCUGAGACCUAUGUUGUUCACCUUGGAAAUAGCAAGGAACUUAUGGAAGUUGCUGAAGAUGGUGUGGCAAAAAGGGUUUUGCGUGAACAUAUACGGGAGUCUCUUGGAGUUCGAGAUGAAGAUUUACUCUUUGCCAUAAUUAACAAGAACCAUAUGAUUGCAGGUGUUUCACGUGGAAAAGGCCAGGAUCUAUUUUUGCGUUCCUUUUAUGAGAGCUUGGAGUUGAUCCAAUUGAAGAAGCUGAAGGUGCCAUCAAUGCAUGCAGUAAUUGUGGGCAGCGACAUCACUGCUCAGACCAAGUUUGAGACAGAAUUACGGAACUUUGUGAUGCAGAAAAAGAUUCAAGAUCGUGUUCACUUUGUAAAUAAAACUCUUACUGUAGCUCCUUAUCUAGCUGCUGUUGAUGUUCUUGUUCAGAAUUCACAGGCACGGGGAGAAUGCUUUGGGAGGAUAACCAUAGAAGCCAUGGCAUUUCAGCUGCCUGUGUUGGGAACAGCAGCAGGUGGCACCACAGAAAUUGUUGUGAAUGGGACUACUGGUUUAUUGCACCCUGUUGGAAAGGAUGGGGUUACUCCCCUCGCAAAAAAUAUAGUCAAACUUGCCACUCAUGUUGAGAGGAGGCUUACAAUGGGGAAGAGAGGAUACGAGAGGGUCAAAGAGAUGUUUUUAGAACAUCACAUGGCACACAGAAUUGCUGCAGUGCUGAAGCAAGUGUUGCAGAAGUCUAAGGGCCAUCCACAUCGAUGACAAUUAGAAUAUCACCUCUUUGCCUCUCAAUGCAAGAGUUGCGCUUAGUUUUCUAUCAAGAUGCAUUCUAAGGCUGCUCCGUCCACAAACUAAACGUGGUGAGCAACUAAUAGCCUCCAAUGGUAGUAAUCUGUAAUUGUGGUAAAAGUCUUCUCUGUUGUCCUUUCCCUGUCUUUAAAAAGAGCUGUAAAUUAUGUACAUCCUUGGACAAGUAAUCUUAGACACCUGUUUUUAUAGUUGGCUUUAUCAACAAAGGUAUGGGAAGAUAUUAGUUGCAACGUCC